UGCUAGCUUGACUCAACUUGUCAAAAUGGCGAUGUUCGUAGUGGGAGACUGGAGUUAGUUCAUAUUAUACAGUGGCAUUUAUUCAGUUAUCGGGCAACACACGCAAAGUUAGCCACGACAGUAUGGCGACCCUGGAUCAAAAAUCACCCAAUGUGCUCCUCCAGAGCCUCUGCUGCAGAAUCACGGGGAAAAGCGAAGCUGAAGUUGCCCACCAGUUCCAGUAUGCAGUGCGAGUCAUUGGCAGUAACUACGCCCCCACUAUUGAACGGGAUGAGUUCCUGGUUUCAGAGAAGAUCAAGAAAGAAUUGCUGAAGCAGAGGAGGGAAGCAGACGCGGCGCUGUUCUCAGAGCUGCAUAGAAAACUUCAGACGCAGUGUGUUCUGAAGCAUCGCUGGUCUGUUCUCUACUUGCUGCUCAGCCUCUCUGAAGACCCUCGCAAACCAUCCAGCAGGGUUGGCAACUAUGGGGCACUCUUUGCCCAGGCCCUCCCCAGGGACGCCCACUCCACCCCGUUCUACUGCACCCGGCCCCAGAGUUUGGCCCUGGGCUACGGGGACAGGAGCGCGGGUCUGUCAGCCAGUGUGGGGACCAGCGGCAUCUCCAGCCUGGGAGUCUACACACUGAACGGACCCACGGCAACGCCGCAGUCGCUGCUGGCUGGUCAGCCCCCUCAGUCUGCAGCAGGAGGCGGUCAGCCUCUGGGCUCUCGGCUGGCCUGGGCUCUUCCUGUGAGCUGCUCCCCUUCCUCUGCUCUGGCCCCGCUCGCCACUCGACCACCCCUCGGACCUCCAGCUCCCUCCACCAGGAUGCUCCAUCCUCGCAGAGACGGGGAGGUAACAGAGGCAGCACUGGUGCGGGACAUCCUCUACGUCUUCCAGGGAAUCGAUGGCAAGUUCAUCAAGAUGAGCGCCCAGGAUAACUGCUACAAAAUAGACAGCAAGGUGGUGCUGUGCAAGUCCCUGAGAGACACCAGCAGCAGACUGGCCGAGCUCGGCUGGCUCCACAACAAAGUCAGGAAGUACACCGACGCCAGGAGCCUCGACCGGGCCUUCGGACUGGUCGGACAGAGCUUCUGUGCCUCGCUCCACCAGGAGCUGAAGGAGUACUACAGGCUACUGUCUGUCCUCCACUCCCAGUUGCAGGUGGAGGACGAGCAGGGUGUGAACGUGUGCACAGAGAGCAGUCUGACCCUCAGAAGGCUGCUGGUCUGGAUGUACGACCCCAGAGUCCGACUCAAAACGCUGGCCGCCCUUGUCGACUUCUGCCAAGGUCGGAAAGGAGGCGAGCUGGCCUCAGCUGUCCACUCUUACGGGAAAACAGGAGACCCACAGAUGAGAGCGCUGGUUCAACACAUCCUCAGCCUGGUGUCACACCCCAUCCUCAACUUCCUGUAUAGGUGGAUCUAUGACGGAGAGCUAGAAGAUACCUACCACGAGUUCUUUGUAGCAUCAGACCCCAACGUGAAGACAGACCGUCUGUGGCACGACAAGUACUCCCUCAGGAAGUCAAUGAUCCCCUCAUUCAUCACCAUGGACCAGGCCCGCAAGGUUCUGCUGAUCGGUAAAUCCAUCAACUUCCUGCAUCAGGUUUGUCAUGACAGAACACCGCCGGGCAAAAUCACAGCAGCAUCCAAGUCUGCAGACACACCCAGAGAUGCUGCAGAGCUGCUGUCAGACCUGGAGGGGGCGUUUCAGGAGAAGAUCGAUGCUGCCUACUUCGACACCAGCAAAUACCUGCUGGAUGUUCUCAACCGCAACUACCUGCUGCUGGAGCAUCUGCAGGCCAUGAGGAGAUACCUGCUGCUGGGCCAGGGAGACUUCAUCAGACACCUCAUGGACCUGCUCAAACCGGAGUUGGUGCGUCCUGCCACUACUUUGUACCAACACAACCUGACUGGUAUCUUAGAGACAGCGGUCAGAGCCACAAAUGCCCAGUAUGACAACGCCGAGAUCCUCAAGAGGCUGGAUGUACGCCUGCUGGAGGUGUCUCCUGGUGAUACAGGUUGGGAUGUUUUCAGUCUGGACUACCAUGUGGAUGGACCCAUUGCUACGGUGUUUACAAGGGAGUGUAUGGGCCACUACCUGCGUGUGUUUAAUUUCCUGUGGAGGGCCAAAAGGAUGGAGUACACACUGACUGACAUCUGGAAGGGACAGAUGUGUAAUGCCAAGUUGCUCAAAACCAUGCCUGAGUUGUCCGGCGUGCUGCAUCAGUGUCACAUCCUGGCCUCCGAGAUGGUCCACUUCAUCCACCAAAUGCAGUACUACAUAACCUUCGAGGUGCUGGAGUGCUCCUGGGACGAGCUGUGGAACAAAGUGCAGCAGGCUCAGGACCUCGACCACAUCAUCGCUGCACACGACGUCUUCCUUGACACCAUCAUCUCAAGAUGCCUGCUGGACAAUAACAGCAGGUCUCUUUUGAACCAGCUGAGGGCCAUAUUUGACCAGAUCAUCGAGUUUCAGAGCGCCCAGGACUCCCUCUACCGCUCGGCACUGGAGGAACUCACCCUCCGACUGCAGUACGAGGAGAAGAAGCAACAGAGAGAGGAGGAGGGUCAGUGGGGAGUGACGGCUGAACAGGAAGCAGAGGAGAAGAAGAGGAUUCAGGAGUUCCAGGAAACCAUACCAAAGAUGCGCUCCCAGCUCCGCAUCCUCACCCACUUCUACCAGAGCAUCGUCCAGCAGUUCCUGGUGUUGCUGAUGACCAGUCCAGAUGAGAGUCUGCGUUUCCUCAGCUUCAGACUGGACUUCAAUGAACACUACAGGGCCAGAGAGCCGAGGCUGCGAGCCUCACUGGGCGCCAACCGAGGGCGACGACUGUCAAACAUCUGACAUGACGACGAUGGCAUUGGCAAACGAGGCUUCCAGUCACUGGAGCAUGGGGUAUGACAUCACAGUGGGCAGUUGUGACAUCACAGAGACGGGCCGGGCCAGCAGACUUAAAGCGCUUCAUGUCGAGAUGAUGUCAUGUCUUGGAGGAGCGGUCCAGCGCCGUUCUGAACGUUCUGGUAUCGCAGCAGCCGUGUUCGCCAAGUGAUGACAUCACAGCAGACAGCUCCAGAGAAGUCGGCUGAUUGGGAUCACAAAGGAAUGAAGUCCAGUAAAUUCAAACUUUCAGAGCUUGACGUGACAUGUAGACGACACGCUCGAAAUUCAGCAAGAAUUCUGCGAAACAUGAGGUAAAUUUGGGGAAACUGUCCAGCCGAGUGUGAUGAGGUAAAUAAAAGCUGCUGUCAGACUGAGCUCCCCGAGUCACACAGGGCCACCUUACAUGGCAUGCCUUAUUAAUGGGGAAAAACAAAACCUUUUUUCUCAGCGUGGUUGCCAAAUCUAGUCCCAACACACAUAAUGUAUGUACAUAGAGUUUAUGCAAAAAUGGAUGUACGUGUAUAUAAGCAUCUUUACACAUCAACACCUGUGGCUUUGCAUCUUCUGGCUAGGGUUCAACCGAUAUGGGUCUGAUAUUGAUAUUUUUUCAAUUUUGUAUUUGUAGCAAUUAUUGAUUAAAAUGAUUAAAUUUGAUCGUUUUUAGUACAAUUACUCCUAAGAGAGUUUUGCUGGAGAUUUGUAAGGUGGGGGGGCGAAAAACAGCAUUUACGGUGUGAAGCACUGAAACUGUAUGGACAGACAGGAGUCUUCAACAUAUUGAAUAUUUAAUAUUUAUGGUCAGUAUUGGCACACCAAUAUAUCGGUCUAACCCUAGUCCUCCGCUCUCUCCUUCAAAUCCAGGUUUUUUUAGUGUCAGGUCAGCUGUCCAAUCACACAGAGGAUUUUGAAUUACAACACACACACACACACUCGCAGACAACUCUGCUUCCAGUGACAUACAAUACAAACCUGGCUCAUACUCAUACAGACAAAAAGCCCCUUUGUUGCUGACUUUGUUUACACCUUACAUUAUGUUAGUUGUUGAUUUUAAUAGUUUUUUCCAUUACAUUGGUGACACAUAGAAAACAAAAAAGCAUCUGGCUUCACCUUGACUGAGAACCGACUGAUGUAAAGAAUGUUAUUAAGAGUUUAGUUUGUCUUUAAGUGUGCUUUCCCUCUGUUUCCCUGCUUAGUUUACAGUUUGUGCUUUUCUGUCUGUAUGAGAGAUGGAUCAUGUUAAAAAAGAACAAUCCUCUCAACAACCACAACAACCUCACUUCUUGUCAUUGCAUAAACAAAAGGAACUAUAAAUGUUCAGAAUGUUUGUUUCUUUAAAAAAUGUAAAUAUUUCUAAAUGAAAGUCCAUGUUUAAAGAAUUUAAUGGUUACAAAUGUCAACUUGGGCAGUUUAUUUUCUGAAACAAGUCUAUUCCGACAUUAUACAGAAGAAACCGAGUGUGUUGUUAGUGUUAUUAAGUGAGGUUUGCUCCAUGUGCAUAUGAGAUGAAGAUGUGACAGUAUCCAGGUGGAAUUAGUUCAGUAAAGUUGAACCGUUGCUGUUGAUCAGCUCCCCGAACUUUUCAUUAAUUGGAUUCACUCAGAUUGUCUGUUUAGGACCAUAGAAACCUUUGGAUUUGGUAAUAAUAAUUUUUAAACAAAUGAGGAGGAGCGGUCAGUAUGAUAGUUGCAGUCCUUUUACCACAGGAUGAAAAAUGUCAACCUGACCCAAACCCAAAAAUAUCUGUCCAAGCUUUCAUCAGUCUGAGAGAAGUUUUGAGUCCACAAUGACUUACUUAUACACUUACUCAACCCUGAACAGUGCUUCAGCUCAAAAAUGGUUAAUCAUCAAAGUCUCAAUUGCUGUGGUAGGACAUAACUAUUUGCUGGAUUUCCUUUGUAGUACACAGUCAAAUGCUUUUUUGCCAAAAUGCUUGUUGAGAUUUAAAAGUCAAGUAGCAUUCAAAUCAUCAAGUAAUGCAGUAAUCAUUUCCGUAUGAACAGCUGUGGGCAUUGAUCUCACCUUGCAGGAGCUCUGAUCCUGGGUCAGGGUGUGCUCCCUGUUUCUAAAAGCAAAACAGACAUCACACAUGCAUUUUUAAAGAAUUCCCUUAAUGUACUUAAAAUAAACCUUUUGGCUCCCCAAAAUGCAUAUUUAACUGUAUACUAAGUAGAUAUUAAACUUUUGUUAGUUUCUUUUGAGUUAUACGUUGAGUUUUAUUUGUGUCAAGCAGUGCUGUUCAUUGAAAAAAUGUUUCAUGGGGAAAUAUUUACUUCUGCAGAUUGACAGAUUUCAGUUUUGGGAAAUUGUCCUUUGGAGCUACAAAACACUUUUGUAGACUAUUUUCACUGAGCAGCGUGUACACCAAGUUCAGGAGCAAAUGUCUUCAACAUCAGCCCUGCAGUCACUGUGCACAGAUCGACUUCUAACUAUCCACAUGAACAUGUGUGCGCAGUGACGUUCCAGGUUCGAUUUCUAUUGUCAAUGAAACUAAUCGGUGCUGCAUAUGGUCACUAGACCAGUGAACUGCUUUCUGACAAUGAAUUGCUUCAUGCACGUGUUUAUUAAAAAAAUAAAUAAAUACAUUUAAAAUAAAAACAGAAUUAGAGUGAAGUGAAACACCAAACUGAACCUGGGUCAGCACUCCUGCACCGUCUGUCUCUGUCUGUCCUCUACAUUGUAUAGCACAUAAUGUAUAGAAUAUAGGGAAACAAACCAUCCCGCUUCUUCUUUAAUAAAAUGUUUUUUAUUAA